AUGAAGCUCCUUCUGCCUUUGUUUGCUGUAACGCUGGCAUUAGUUGCUGGUCUUCCAACCAGCACUAUACCUUAUCCAACCAUAACUCUACUGGUGGCCAGAGAUGAUUCCAUCUUGGUGCAUUGGACUAAAAUCAAGAAUGUGAAUACAGAGGAUCCAAUUAUUGGAUAUAUUGUGAAAGUAUGGGAAUUUCCUGAUGUGAUCGUAUACAAGUACGACAUUGUCGACGGAGAGGUUGUAGUCACCCAAGAAAAGACAGAAGCUAAGGUGGACCUGACCAAUAUACCGAGUGGUAGACCGCGAGAGAUCAACGUGGCAGGUGGUGAUAUCACUAACGCCAUCAUUGAUAACACAAGGCCCAAUGUGUUGUACCAUAUCAGGGUACUGGCUUACACGAAGACACAGGAAGGCCCUCUGUCACCAGGCUCCUCUAUCAAGCUCAUAAAGGAAGAUUAG